AGCUUCAACUACAAACUGUCCUGAUUUUUAUGAAUAUAAUAAUUCGACUAAUCUGCUAAAUGUAAUAUUUACACCUGGUUCGCUCAUUACUGGAGUAGAUAAUCAGUAUAAUAUUUCCGGGACUGUAGAUAUAGAAGUCGACGAUGCCGAACUUUCGUUUAAUCAAGCUUACUACAGUGAAGAGCAUAGUGUUUGGGUGCUCGGCGGAAUAGUCGAUACAACUAUCCUUUAUAAUAUCGCCGGUUGUCCAAUUUUUCCUGGAACUAUCAUCAAUGCAAAUAAAUCUCUUCAAUUUCCAACCAUUGCAGAAGGAAUAUUUUAG